UAUUGACAGAAUACAGAGUUGAUUUUUUAAUAAAAUAUAUAUAUAUAAUUAUCCCUUUAAUUAAAGGGAACAAUGGGUAUCAAUAAUUUCAAAUGGGUAAAAGCUUGAAAUUUGGUUUAAUAUCAACAAUAAGCAUUAAAGGGAGUUGCAGGGAUAAUGUUGCAAAUGACUGUUUCUGUUCUUGUUUUUUUGGUUUGUUUGGGUUUUUUUGUUAGUGUUACAUCUCUCUGUUCUGAAGGUGAUUUCUGUUGAGUUGGGUUUCUCAGCAGUGCAGGUGUCCCUUGGAACCAGCUUAUCCUUUUGAUGCCUACUUCAAGGGUUAAUUUCCAGUGUGGCCAUAAUACACUUCUUUCCUAUUACCUUUUGAAAUUUAAUCAAUCUACAUUGGUUUAAGACUUUAGGCAAGGGUUCAAAGAAAUAGCCUGUUCUAAAAUCUCUUUUAUAAAACGUUCUGUGACUCAAACCAGUACAGCCAGAAUUUUGUAUGCACAGGCACGUUUUUGGAGGACGUGCUCUUUCUGGCCUCUUACGUUUGAUAUGUUCUUAUGAAAAGCCGAUAGGCAACUCAGUUAAUAUUCUUAAAGUUGUUUUGCGAAAAAACAGUUUGUAUUUCUCUUUGACUGUUCUAAUUUUGCUUUUGUAAGCAAAAACUUCUUAAUUGCCACCGGUGUUCUGUAUCUCAGGAGCUCGCUGCUUUGGGAUUAACCGGGUAUAUGGACAGUAACAUUUACUGACUCCCAACACAACAGGUCCAUGCAGAAUAACUCCUGUUGGCUAGGUCCCAUGAGGAUGGUAAAAGGAGAGGAACACACAGAAGGCCAGUGACCAUUACUUUGGAGACAGCUCUACUUACUGUCGAGGCAGAAAUUAUUUUUUUACUGUUUUUCUGUGUUUUUACUUUGCUGGAGCAGAAGGUGAUGCAACCAAUGGACAUCUGAAUCUGCUGGCCAUUUUUCCUGCUGGUGCAUAACAUCCCCCCAUUCUCUCUCUUAAACUCACCGAGUGCUCUCUCUGCUGUUGUAGACUGUUCAGUGUGAUGGUUGUGUCAUAGGACUGUACUGAGCCAUGUUUGAUAAACUUGUAGUUAAUCAUGCAUUCUGAUGGAAGGCGUGGCGUGCACAGUGCUCUGUCCACCUCAUGGAUCUCAGACCAGUGUCAGACAGUGCCCAGUGUCAGACAGUGAGUAACAUCAAUUUACCAAUUAAAAAUACACAUUAGGGUAUUCUAGGUCCACUUAAGGAAAGGUGUAUAGGGGAGAAAGGAAGACUAUUUCAGCUGAUGUUGAUCUUACAUUUUUUCUGUCCUCCAUUCCAGAUUUCUCAGUGCUUAAGAACUGCAAUAGCAUUUAAUCAGUUCCAUCUGCUAUAUUUGAUCUCUCUGUGAAGGUAUUAAAAGGAACAGCUAGUGUUCUGAAAUUCGGAAACCGUGAGGUCGAGGAUGGUAAAGUCAUCUUCAGUUGAUGCCUUCGGUCACUGUCUGCAGUGAUCAGCAAGAUGGUUUUCUCCUGAGGAACAGUUUUCACUGUUGCUAACAGAGGAGUAGUGCUAAGAUCAGUCUGCUCAGCAGAGAGAGGGCCUCAGUUUACUUUUCAAAAGUCUCAUUAGGCACAUUUCAGUUAAACCUCCCCUCCUUGUUUUUACCAUGUGGAAUUUGGGAGUUUGAGGGAGUUCAGUCACUCUAGCCAUUUUGUCUGACCCUUCUCUUUUGGUGUUAUUUUUAGCUAUGGUUCUUCUUAAGGAAAAAAAAGCUAAUUGCCUCCGGCGGUGUUCUCUCUCUGUAUUUUUUUUUCAGCUGAAGUUUGCAGUCUGUUCAAAAGCUGUUCAUUGAUCUCUUUUCUUUUUUUCUUCUAAGAAAAGCAUUCUGAUAAUUUGUAGGAGUUUUUUUUCUCACAUAAUUCAGCAAAUAAGCACUGAAAUUCUUCCAUUUUAGACUAUUGAUUAACUACAACUUUACAUGCAGUGGUUUUUGAAGCCAUUUUGGUGUUCGAUGCCCUAUUAAAACAACCCAGACCUUUUGAUUUUCUUUAAGAAAUCUCUCUUAUUUUUCCUCUGUUUUGAAAGUUGAUUUUUGUUUUAUUUACUUUUGCUUUAGUGUUUUUGAAACGUCUCUCUUGUUCUAUGUCGUCAUGGUUGAGCUUGUUUCACUGCACCGUUAAAGCAGAGUGUACAUUCUGACUGCUACAUUUAUAUAUAUCUUGAAGCUUAAUGUAUAUAUGAGUAGUUUGCCAUGGGAUAACACAGUGUAAACAGAGUAGAAACCCAGAAAUCGUGACUUCUGUGUUCUCUCCAUUUGAGUAUUUUGUAAUUUUUUUGAAAUAUUUGUGGACAUAAAUAAAACCAAGCUACACUACAGCAGCCAGGUUUUGCCUGCAAGCGAAAUGUGUCUGUUAAUUGUUGUUAGUGGGAAAAGAGUUAUUUUCAUCUGGGAUAAUAUGGGAUGCUGGCAUGGCCAUCUUGUCUGUUUUAAAGCUGUCUUGUCUUUCUUGGCUUUAUUUUUUCCUCCUUUGAGCUCAUUUCUUUUUUAAUAUACAGUAUACAAGCACCAACAUUAUGUCUCGUUACAGACAUUUAUUCUGCCUCCCUGAAACACAUUUAAUAUUCAGGGUAAUACUACAUAACUUUGCCAUGUUAUUCUGUAAGUUAAGCAGUCAAAUUGGUAAGAACGCAUGUGUAAGAAUGCUUUGGCUGUUGUGACUGCAGGAGCUUUCUGUGUACAGCGUUGCUAUGUCCACUGAUCUGUCUGCCUGAGCACAAACGAGAAGUUAAAAUGAAGUGUGUGUGUAAGCUUUCAGUGCGUCAGCUGAAGAACAGAAAAACAAGAACUUCUAAACCAGAGUGGACAAUUUUCCUCAUUUCAACAGAGUAGGAAAGACUGCAUGCCGUCAUCUUUUAAAUUUGCCUGUGAACCAAACUGUUCAGAAGACGUGCAAGGGAGAAUGAACCCUGAUGACUCAUGAAAUGGUAGCUUGAAGUUAGAUUUAGUACGCUAUAUAUACCCCAGUAGCCAAGUUUUUUACAUAUCUUAUUUUCUAAGAGGUGUUACUUUGUGCCAGUAGAGUCAUCUUGCAUACAACCAAUCCAGACCUGGCAAGAGAUGGAUUCCAAAGGGGUGGUGAUUGCAGAGAGGAAGAUGUACAAUUCAUUGUCUUUUCAUUGCCUGCUGAAAAGCUGGGAUUUGCUUUCAGAUUGCACCAACUUGUGUUUGUGUGCAUUUGUAACAGCUUCUUAUCUUCUGUCUACGAGGGGUUAUAAUGUAUUUGGGUGGGUGAGCUGCUUGAGUGUUCCAUAUAUGAUAGCAGUGUCUCCAAAGUGUUACGAUGCCAGAGAGAGGGGGAUGAUGAGUAUCUUUACAGAAUAAAUGUUUGGUCAAAAGGGAGACAGGAAGGCUGCAUUCUUGAUCCGAUUCUGCUUUGGUUUUGACCUGUGACUUUUCAGAAAUAGGUAUUUUGACUCCAGUUCAAGCUAACCAGUGCUCUGAGUGUACUGAGAAAAGUGCCCUGUUGUUUGAGUGUGCUUGAAGCAGACUGAGAAGUAUUCAUGACAAAUAGCGCAGGAGUUUGGAGCUGCAUAUUUGAAGAGGCUGCUCUAUUUAUACCCUGUGGCAUUUUGUAAGGGGAAGGUCAGUUCUUGUCUACUGGAUAUAGCUUCUGAAAAUGCUUUUUUUGAGGCUGGCUUGAACAUGUGCUGUGGUGGAUAUUUUGACAUUUCUCUUUGGUUUUUAAUUCCUUGCACUCAGAACUUGAACGGGCUUGGGCUGCCCUCCUGCUCUUGCUAUAGGCUUUGAGGUUCCAGGCUUUGAAUAGUUAUUCCUGCAGGGAGAAGGCCAAAGUGGAUUGUUAUUGCUGUAUAAAUUGAACAACACGGUUCCUAUAGCAGUGGUGGUCUCAUGUCAGCGAUGUCUUGCCGAUGCAAGGAAAAGGUGGGAACGCUGGCUGCCUUGUGGCUGUGUUCUGUGCGUGGGAACAGCCAUCGUUCUCAUGUCACAUAACUGUGGAAAGUAACCCAUAGAGGAGGGCUCCCAUUGUUUCUCAGCCGUGGAUCACUGUUACAACUUACACUCAGGCACAAGGAGGAAUGCUGAAGCCUGCUGUUUUGUUUGGAAAUCUGAUUUUCUGUUCUUUGAACGUGAAAAAAAGGCAUCUGUGGCAUUGCUGCUUGUGGCAUUUCUGGGCUUUGUGGAAGCUCCUGUGCACUGGGUUUGAUCUCUGAGGGUCUUUAAUCACUUUACUCAAGGCAAGUGUGCUGGGAGGGCGGGUCCUGCUCCAAAGGGAGUGGCUGCCCAAACCUUCUGGAAGAUGCUGUGAGGGAGCCCCUCAGCCCUGGCAAUGUGGGGUUGUGCAGGGAAAAUGGUGGUGGGAGGGAGCCUAGGGCACAGCCUUUUCUCUCAGAGCAGCCCUGCCUGUGGAAGGAAGCCCGGAUCGUGGGAUUUGCUAUCACCCAGCCCCUCCUGGCAGGGUUCCUUGGGAAUACAGUUCCUAUUGUAGCAGUGGAUUUGUGUCAGCAAUGCCUUGGUGGUGCAAGGACAAGGUGGGAAAGCCAGCUGCCUCGUGGCUGCUCUAUCCAUGGGAAUAGCCUCCAUUCUAAUGUCAUUUAGCUGUGGAAAGUAACCCAGGCAGGAGGGAUUCCAUCCUUGCUUGGGCAUUGAUGCUGUUUACAGCUUACAUUUAGGCAUGAGGUGAAAAGCUGAAGCCUGCUGUUUUGUUUGGAAAUUUGAUUUUCUGUUGUUUGAAGAUGAAAAAAGGCAACUCUGACAUUGCUGCUUGUGGUGUCUCGUGCACUGGGUUUGGUCUCUGAGGGUCUUUAAUCACUUUACUCAAGGCAGGUGUGCUGGGAGGGCGGGUCCUGCUCCACAGGGAGUGGCUGCCCCAAACCUUCUGGAGGGUGCUGUGAAGGAGCCUCUCAGUCCUGGCAGCGUGCUGGUGUGAGGUAAGAGCGAGCCUUUCCCUUCUAGGAUGGGGAAAAAGAUGGCAGGAAAGGGUGGGAAGGAGUCUGGGACGCAGCUUUUUCUCUCAGAGCGGCCCUGCCUGUGGAGUGAAACCCAGAUUUUGGGAUGUGGUCCUUGACCCAGAAGGGAGCUAGCUUUCCCUCUGCCCCUCCUGGCACUGUCCUGUGGUCCCCAAAGAAGCUGGGUCUCUCUCUGAUCCUCCUCCAAACGUCCUUUGGUCCCCGAGGCAGCUGGGACCCGGGUGCUGGUUCAGUUUGCUCAGCUCCAUCCGUGUUGCUGUCACAGGUGCCCUGCGUCCCAGGCAGCUGCUCCUGUGGUGACAGUCCUGGAAGUUUUUCCUCCUUGGCUUUCCCAUGUGACAGUUUUGUCUAAUGAUGGAGGGAGAAGAAGCCUGCCGUUAAAACACAGGAUCUGCCCAUUGUUCUUGUCUGGAUUCGUCAUUAACUCAGCCUGUGUCUGUGGCAAACUGGUGACUGUCUUCCCAAGAGCCAUCCCAGGUGUUGGGGCUGUAUUCCUGCCUCAGGGAAAGGGAAUGGAAACACGGCAAGAUCGCCCACAGAAAUGUGCACUAGAUUAGCACCUGAAUUCUUCAUUCCGGUCACAAGAAUUCUAAUUUCAUCAGCCAACAUCUGAAUAGAGCCUGGAAUGACACGGCUAGGUGUCUCUGGUGUUUGUUCUACUCCAUUCAGCUCAGAGAGAACCUGGCCCUGCUUCUGCUGUCAUGCUGGUGUGUGAGAGCAAUUCAACUGGUGUCAGAGGAUUCCACUGACAUAAAUCUAGCUAAGCCACAACCUGUUGCAAAGUCCCACUGAAGCACUGCUGUGGCAUGACAAGAUACCUUCAAAACUACCCUCAAGCAUGGAAGAAGGAGGUUACAUCAUGGCAAACUUCAUCAGUGCCUGGAAGCAGGUUGUUAUAGAAGGGAGUCCUGUGAUGAUCUGGAGAUGCUAGUGGUGGUUCUAAUAUUUUUGGUGGAGCUGCCUCCUCAAAUACAGCACACAAUGUCCAUGUAUCAUCAGUGCUUUCACGUACAUUGAUGUCACUUUUCAACUCUCCUCUGUGAGUUCUACCAGGUGGCAGUGCAGGCUUCCUCAAACACGGCUACCUCCAACGUACUUCGCAUCCUACCUGUUACGACUGGCUCUGCGGUUAAUUGAAUGGAAAAUCUGAAAGAAAAGAAAAACAAAGGCAAACAAGACAAGCCUUCCUGUGGUCCUGACCCAGCAUUUAUUCAUAAUGAUGGAGGCACGAGCGAGUAGAGAGUGAGGAGUCCAGAUUUGACCUCAGUUUCUUUGGACGUAAAAAGCAACUGAGCUGACAUGCAGUGGGAAAAUCCCUUUUCCUUCAAAAUAAAAGGACUGGAAAUUAAAUGCCAGCUCGCAGCGAUCAAAAAGCCUCCGGUGGGAGCGGGGCGAGGCUGCACUUUGCAGAGACCUCUCCGAGAUGUCAGGUAUUAGUCCGGAGGGGCAGAUCUGCGUGGCACACACCAGCUCCCGGGUCUACGGUACAUUAGCCUCUCCGUGGGAGAGGGAUCCCAGACAGCUCUGCUGGGGAGCCAGCCCAGGAGAUUUGUUAGCCGGGGGAUACCAGCCACCUCCGGCGCCCGAGCGCCAAAGGUGCUCCUGCUGCUGCUGCUGCUGCUGCUGGCGCAUUUCAUCCCAACUCCAGCCAGAGCGGGGGCAAGUUGAACCGGAGACAUUAGAGCCACUGCGCUUUGGAGAGGCGAGGGCGCACGGGGAGCGCAGCGGCACCAUGCCUGCUAUCAAGAAGGAGCGACUUGACAGGGAAGAGAUGGCCCUGGCAGCCUUUAACCAGCCCAUGGAAACCUUACCUGACUAUCUCGCCCCUCUGGCCGCCGCUGCCAUUCCGGUGGUGACCCCGCACCCGCCGGCUUACGACCAGAUCUUCGCUCACCGCGCGUACCUGGGCUUCCACGAAACACACCCCCACCAUCCCCACCACCUCCCCGAGGACCUGAUGCUGGAGAGGUUUUCCUCCAUCCCGGAUUUCCAGCCUUUCUUUGACAACGGAGAGCCUUGCAUCGAGGUGGAGUGCGGGGAGAACAAGGCGCUGCUCUACGUCAAUAAGUUGUGCCAGGGGAGCAAAGGACCCUCUAUCCGGUACCGGGGCGAGUGGCUCACGCCCAACGAGUUCCAGUUUGUGAGCGGCAGGGAAACGGCCAAGGACUGGAAGCGCAGCAUCAGGCACAAAGGGAAAAGUUUGAAGACUCUUAUGUCCAAAGGAAUCUUACAGGUACAUCCUCCAAUCUGUGAUUGCCCUGGGUGUCGAAUUUCGUCUCCAGUGAACCGGGGUCGCCUGGCAGAGAAGAGGACGAUCCCCUUACCUCCAACCAGGAUCCCGAAGAAAGAGCUGACCUCAAUUUUCUCGCAUAGUGACGACAGCGAAGAGAGUGAUAAGAGCAAUGGUCAACAUCCUGAAGUAAAGCAGGAGGAGGAUCUCCACAUCAGUAUCAUGAAAAGAAGGAUACACACCCACUGGGAUUUAAACAUCUCCUUCCGAGAGACCUCUUGCAGCCGUGAUAACGACCUUUCCACUAUCAUCUCCAACUUGCAUCAGAGCCGUCAGCUCGUUAUGCCAGAGACCCAGAGCCGCUGCGAAUUCAAGAGAAACAGCAUCGACGUCAGCUUAGGAGCAGCAGAUGAAAUUUUAGGCAAGAGAAGAGUAUGUUCUCCCAACAGCAGCAGUGAGUGUCCUUUAGAAAGCAAGAAAGCCAGAAGUGAGUCCCCAAAGGAAAACUCCCACACGCCUCUGCUUGAGGACUCGGUGACUCAGAUGACCCCGGAGGAGCACUACAGACGCAUGAUGUCAGCACUUAAUGAACAUGGCACGUUUGAAGAGCAGCAGCAACAACGGCUCUACCAGCUGGCCAAUAGCAUGGCAGUGCCCAGCCAUGGAGAUCUCCUCCGGGCACGGCAAGAGGUGGCAGCGGCGGCAGCAGCACGCAACCCUGGCGCGAUGGAAGCACACAUCCCCUCGGCCAGCAACUCUUCCAGCCAGCGGAGGAAGCAGGGUCUCCCCCAGCACAGGGACACCCACUUCCCCGAGAGGGAGAUAUCCCACCCACCACCUCUACUUUCGCCCCAAAAUGCACCCCACAUUGCCCUGGGGCCCCACUUGAGACCUCCUUUCCUUGGGGUGCCUUCGGCUCUGUGCCAGACACCAGGUUACGGGUUCCUACAGCCGGCACAAGCAGAGAUGUUUGCACGGCAGCAGGAGAUGCUACGAAAGCAAAACUUGGCCAGGUUGGAGAUGUCAGCCGAGAUCAUCCGCCAGAAGGAGCUGGAGAACCUCCACAGGCAAAGGCUACUGGCUGGUGACCCGCUGAGCCUGCAUCCUGGCUUGCCUCCGGACCACCCAGCCCUACGCAACGUCCAUGACAUCCCCGAGGGCCACCCGCUGCGGGAGGAGCUCUCCCGGCGAAAUGCCAUGCUGGUGCUGCGGCACAACAACACUCCCCUGCUGUCCCUCAACCCCAGCGUCCCCAGCAGCGCCACGCCGCCCAAGGAGCAGCCCCGGCGUGGCACUCGGAAAUCGGCACAUCACCGCAAUGAGCCACAGGGGGUGAGCGAGGCCAAGGAGCUGGUGGAGCCCCGGGCACGGGAUGGGGCACCGGACUGUAAUGAUGAGGAGAUGAAGGACUCUGAGAGUGAUGCAGAUGUGAGUGAUGAGAAGCCGGAGAGCUUGAAGGCUGAGAGCAGCAGCUCGGUGGCUGAGCUUAAGGAGUGCAAAGAGAUGGGCAAAGCCUGCGAAGGGGCCAAGGAGCUGGGUGAAACGGCUGCUGGCCAAAAUGCCCCCUGCAGCUCCUCGAGCGCCGAGUCCCCCAGCCACUUGCUUGGCCCAAGCAUCAACAAAAAUGAGGUGAAAUACCUUCCUCCAGCCUCCAUCCCACCACCUCAGCCGCUGCCCUUCGGAUUCCCUUACACGAUGAGUCCGUACUUCCAUGCUGGCACCAUGGGAGGUCUCUUUCUGGAUGGUGAGGAAAGCCCUGCGCUGGAAGACAUCAGCAAAUGGACGGUGGAGGAUGUAUGCAGCUUCGUCUCCAACUUGUCUGGCUGCGCCGAGUACACUCAGGUAUUCCGAGAGCAGGCUAUUGAUGGUGAGACCCUGCCCCUCCUGACAGAAGAGCACUUACUGAACAACAUGGGGCUGAAACUUGGACCUGCGCUGAAGAUAAGGUCACAGGUCGCCAAAAGAGUGGGCAGAGUUUUGUACAUGGCAGGCUUCCCCAUGGCUUUCCCACUGCAGCCUCCUGGUUUGCGGCCGCCGGAGCGGGACCUGCCCGCAGGCGAUCUCCGGCCGUCCUCCACGGGCAGUGUGGCCUCACCGUUCAGCAGCGGCCUCCCCUCCGCCAGCCGCGUUUCACCAAAGCAGGAAAACGGCAACCCCUCCAUCAUCGCUGGGAUCGACACCACGAAACCUCCCUCCUAACUGCAGGAGAGCUCUUGGACUGCUUCUGGAACUGAGGUUCAGUUGAAUAAACUGAAGGUAACGCGUUUUGGGAGCCCAGGAGAGGCUCCCUCAGCAGUGCGAGACACAGGAGGGAGGGAGGGCGGUGAGUUUUUUUGGAUGCAUUUGCUUUUUGGGGGAGUUUCUUUAAAAAAAAAAAAACAAAAACAAACCACCUACAGAAGUUUUAAAAACUGUGAAAAGGGAAGGAAAGAAAAUGAUCCAAAGAUGUACUGAGACAACACAAGUGAUGAGAAGAUGAUUCUGGAGGAUGGCAGCAGCAUUCCCUUCCACACCCCUUCUCGCACACCACUUUGAGAUGAAGAGCACAGAUGGGGAACAAAUGCUUUUCUUUGCCUUUGAAGAAAUGGCUUUCAGGAUCUUCUGGGUGUGACUCCAAGCAAGGAAGGGGAACAGGCGCUGCUCCUCCCAACAGAGUACUCAGCCCCCCUGAGCAAAAAAAAACCCAUCAACAGUGAAACCAACCACCUUCCCAGUUCUCUCCUCCUCCCUGGAAGCUGUGCUCAGUUCCUCAUUCAGGUGUCUAUGCAUCUCUAGCAACUUUUAAAACAAUACCAAAGACAGACAAAAAGAAAGAUAACAAAGGCAAGUUCCGGUCCAUGUUUACUUUAGAGUGGAUGGUACGGCAUGGCAGUUCGGUGCUGUCCCCCGCGCCGGGGCUGCCGUUGUCCCUGGCACGUUGUCCCCUUCAGCACAGGCAGAGAGGGGCUUCUGCCCACGCUCCAGCCCUGCAGAGCUUUGGUUUGUUUUCAUUAGAUGUUUUAGUUGAAGAGAAGAAGAGAAGAGCGUGUGCUGCGGUGGGAUGCAGGGUCACAGGCCUCACUCCAGCGUGGCCCCCUCUCUCCUUCGCGUGUACAACAGACUCGAUUAUACAUCGGGGUGGGGUUUUUUGUUCACAGGGUUGGUUUUCUUUUCAAAGCCUUGUUACAGAGGUGGAUGUAGUUGCACAUUCAGGCCUGCUGUGGACCAUGAGAUGGAAACCUGGGCAUUCCCAGACGAGGGGAAGGAUGCCAGGGAGUUCAGGCUACAAACAAUGGGUAGAGUUUUUACUACUGUGAAUGAGACGGUAACUCCUGGGGGUGACCUCCUGUGACUUGUACAGUUGUGAACAACAAUCACAUGUGGUACUUUUCUCUCUCCGCCCUCCCCCCCUUUCCUUUUUGUUUAAACAUUGCACGUGCUACCUUUUUUCUUACAAAAUAGCUUGGUGGUACAUUAGCUUCUUUAUAUUGUAAAGAAAAAAAGUCGUUAUCCAUCACAUCACGAUAAAAAAAAAUGCUUUCCAGCAAUCAAUUUAAAUAAAAAAGACUUAAUUUACAAAUGGUACCCAGCUUCCUGAGCUCCCUGGAGGUGGUUGCUUGACCCAGGCAGUCUCCUUUCUUUCACCGGGUGGUCACUGGGACCAUGGCCUUACCACUCACAUGCUCCUUGUGCAGUGGAGCUCCUUCAUCACUGGCCUAAAAGCUGAUUCAAGGAUGGGUUCACAGCUGCCAAAAGGCAGAGAGCACCUUGCCCUGCUAAGUUAGAGAAAGGAGAAAAAAACUCCUUUCUUUUUUGGGAAGAAAAGGUAAGUUUAAACCUUCUUCUUACAGUUAAGAGCUUUCAAUUCUCAUCUUGGCAGUCAUAUCCCAGGCUCCCAUCUGUAAUUGCCUGAAGAUGAGUCCUAGGGAACCUCGGUCUUGACCCAAACCCCUAAUGAAGCAGCAGGCGCUUUAGUCCCCUCAGAGCAGGCUAUAAAUGAUAACAAUAAUUAUAAUAAUGAUAAUAAAUCUCAAAUCACUAAUUUUUGCCAUUAGUCCCCACCUUAUGGGAUGAAGUUAUCUGGGUCUAGAAAGGGCAGGUCUAGUAAUUAUUGCAAGUGCAGAUGGGAAAAAGAAACACUCUUGAUCCCUAUUCCUGCCACUAACCUCCAGAAAGACGUAAGGAACUCUGAAUAAAGCAAACACCCCAUGACACUGCACUGAGCAGUAAUGACCUGUGCAGUAAUGAUGUCUGGAAGCAGGAAAGAAGCACAAUGACCUCUCUACAUACACCGAGUUGUUAUCACUUACGCACAUGAGCGAGAGGGAGACAACCAGGCUACGGCACAUCUGGGUUUUUAUCUGCACAAAAGCACUGUUUCUGAGCUGUGGUUCUUCUGACUCCAUGAAAAUAGAACUUGGAAAAAAAAGUCAUUCUUUCAGAAUGUUUUCUAAAAAAGCAUCUUGUGAUGUGCAGAAGCGAAGCUACCUGCAGAGGAACACGCAGGCAGAGAUGACCGUGUCUGUGCAGGUACCUUGGCAAUCCCUCGCGCUGACAGAGCUACUGGCCACACUGAGCAAUGGCAGCAAGAAUCAAGGUCAUAUUUAGUCUUGGCCCUUCAGCUUCUUUUCCAAAAAUCUGCAUUAAGAACCACCAAUACUCUUAACACACAUGGUUCAUUUUCAGGAGUGCAGCUGUCAGAUAUGCCCCUAAGAAUACUUAAACUAUUCCUUCUUGCCUGCACAACCACCUCCCAUCUUCCCCCCAGCCUCCCCUCCAUACCCUACAGCACUUACUUAAAGGUAGCUUGAACAGAUAACAUUACAGAUAAAGGCUCCCUUUUGCAGCA